AUGGAACUUUUUGACCGGGGAAUCGACGGCGAAUUGCUUAACCGCGGAGUUCAGUGUCAGUCUCAAGACCCACCCCGGCUUACACCAACAGCUACAGCUCCGGUCUCACGGCCGAUAGCUAAACGCGGAGAUCCCCCGCCUACGGAGCGGGAAGCGGAGAUCCUUAGCCGGCUGGAGAAGCUGGAGGCUCUCCUCGCACAACGGACCAACCAGGCUGCCAGCAACCCACCCACAGCAUCUACAGCAUCUACAGCAUCCUCGAGUGCAUGUGGCAGUGAUGAUGUGCCAAGAACGAGGACGCAGACGCGCCCAUCAGAGCCGCCGCAUGCUUUACCUGCCAAUGUUCAGAAUCUGACGGCUGACGCUCUUUGGCUCGAGAGGACAUGUCUUGGCCCCAAACCAUCGGACUCUGUACUCGUAGACCAAAUUCUUUUCCGCGUCUGCCCUAUCCGCUCAAUCGCUCAACCAUCAUCAUAUCUGUUCCAAAACUCAAGCGUUCCUUCAGGUCUUCUCUCACUUGAACCGACAAGAUGCAUCUGGCUUCCCCAACGGCACGAGACCAAAAUGCUGAUUCAUAAGUAUACCUCAGUCGUUACGUACAUGCAUCAUGUCGUUCACAACCCCAGCGUAUAUAAACUAGUAGAUGAGGUUUACAAUACUCUAGAGAGUGGCGAAGAACCCCAAUUAUGCCAGGUUUUCCUCAUGCUUGCGCUCUGUACCAAUGUCACAUAUGGUUGGACAGCAACAGACAACGAUAUGACGCCUCUGUUCUCGGAUUUUUCAGAGGCGAACAACCAAUCGUUUGGGUGGCUCAAGGCAGCCUUUGAUGUAUUUGAUACGUCCCAACGGAGGGCUGAAGUGGGCAUGGAGAUGGCACAGGGACUCAUUAUUUUAAGUUUUGUCUUACUCAACGUGGAAGGCAUUUCAUCGCGGGCUCGAAACUGUCUAUUCCAUGCUAUCACGAUAUGCCGUGAGCUUGGCAUCCAUCGUAUCGACCAUCCCCAUCAGCAGCCUUCAACGCCAAUCACCCAAUACAGCAAUCUAAAAGCCGAGAUAGCUCGACGAGUAUGGUGGCAUCUCGUCAUUACAGAUACAAUGAUGGCGCGAUUCCCCGGCCCCCACGAGGGCACUACCAUAAUUCAUCCUCGGCAUAUGAAUGUCAGAAAACCUCUCAACGCCAACGACGAAGAUCUGGUGGAGGGGAAAGAACUAGUCGGGAGACCAUUGACUGAGCCAACAAGCAUGUCCUAUUUCUUGUAUAGGAUGCAGAUCGGUGAGGUGAUUCGGGAUUUCACAGAGCGAGCGCCUCUCUCUUCUCCGAACCAACCCGGUGAUUCUUACGAUAUGGUGCUGCAGAUUGACGCUGCUAUAGAGCGGUUCAUAUACGAGCUUCCCUCUUUCUUGAGGUUGAGCGCUACAGAAGUGCAGCAAUUGCCCCUUGAUGAUGUUCAGCGACAACCGAGCAUAGUUGUUCAACGCCACGUUAUGAAGACCUUCAUGUACGGGCAGAGAUGCAAGCUUCACCUUCCAUACUUGGCUCGGGGGGCUGUAGAGCCGGCCUAUGCUCAAUCGCGAAGAGCUUGUCUUGAUUCCGCAAGAAUGGUCAUACAAGCAGAAGCGCAAAUGGAGGAGGAAGACACAACGUUCAAAGCGACGAGGCUUCGGCUAUGCUUGGCCUUACACAGCGUCUUCAUCUCCAGUAUAGUCCUACUCUUGGACUUUUGCCUUGGUGUCAAUGCCGAAGAGAAAGAGCAGAGACGACAGGACAUGAUUGAAGCAUGGAACAUUCUGGAGGCGGCAAAAGAGCAUUCCAAGCCUACGGCACGUAUCCAGGACCUUUUGAGGCAGGUCAUGAAGAAACACAAGGUGCCUUUGUCAAUGUUUAAAGCAAAGGAACGGCAUCCCUCCAGGCCAGUGGGUAGAAAUCUUCCACCUACGCCUAAUUCGUCAACGGCAAUGAUGUCAACAGAAACAACGCCCAGCGACGUAGGAGUUUCUUCUCAGGAGUUGAAUGAUAUGGGAUUGAAUAUGGAUUUGGACUCAAUGGAUUGGGAAAGUCUCCUCUGGGGCUUGGAGGCUCCUAUGUUUUGA